CUGUUUCUUUCAGGUGAUUCUGUGCAGAGAACAUCUCUCACCCAGCAAAGACUGAAGAGCUAAAGGUCCUUCAAGGAAAGACGAAGCAGCACAAGGGGGAAGUGACAAGUUGGAGGAAGACUGUCAGCAGCGUUUAGAGUGGUGAUGAGUAUUUGCAGAAGCAAACUCCAUCCCAGCAUAUGAGCAACAAAUCUCUUUAUUAACAUCUUGCCUCAGAGUGAGCAGAGCUCCACUGAGAGGAGGCACAAAGUUGGAGAGUGAAGUGCACAGCUCCUGUUGUUGGCCAAGAUGGCAGCCCUGAUAGAAAAGCAGCAGGGCUUGGGGCUGCUGAGGGUCCUCCUGGUGUUGCUGGGGAUUUCAGUGCUUUGCAGCGUUGCAUUAGGAACCAGGAAAGGGCAUGCUUCUCUAAACCACAGGAGCCACAGACACAGACAUCCAGGUCACUUAUCCCUGCAUAGACAUAGACAGAGGACAGGAAAGGAAGGCCAGGUACUACACCGGUCCAAACGUGGUUGGGUGUGGAAUCAGUUCUUUGUUAUUGAGGAAUACACCGGUCCUGACCCAGUGCUGGUGGGGAGGCUCCACUCAGAUGUUGAUAAAGGCGAUGGUACUAUCAAAUACAUCCUGUCUGGGGAAGGCGCUGGAACAAUAUUCGUCAUUGAUGACAAGACGGGGAACAUACAUGCCACAAAAACGCUGGACCGAGAGGAGCAGGCCCAGUAUACCCUAACAGCGCAAGCUGUUGCCCGAGACACCAAUGAGCCGUUGGAACCUCCAUCAGAAUUCAUAGUGAAAGUUCAGGAUAUCAACGACAAUCCACCUGAGUUCCUCCAUGGUCCAUACUACGCCAGGGUGGCUGAGAUGUCCAAUGUUGGUACAUCAGUGAUGCAGGUGACAGCUACGGAUGCUGACGACCCCACCUAUGGUAACAGUGCACGACUGGUGUACAGCAUUCUGAAAGGACAGCCCUACUUUUCUGUGGAACCUCAAACAGGCAUAAUCCGCACCGCCUUGCCAAACAUGGACCGUGAGGCACGUCAGGAAUAUGAUGUUGUCAUCCAGGCAAAAGAUAUGGGCGGUCACAUGGGAGGCCUGUCAGGAACCACUGAGGUCAAAAUCACCCUCACAGAUGUUAAUGACAACCCUCCAAAGUUCCCGCAAAGUGUGUAUUCCAUGUCAGUGUCAGAGGACAAGGUGCCGGGAGAGGAGGUUGGCCGCCUUAAGGCCAAAGACCCUGAUCUUGAAGACAACGGACUUGUUAACUACCGCCUCAUCGAUGGAGAUGGAAUGAGCAUGUUUGAACUGUCAACCGACUCAGAGACCCGAGAGGCUGUUAUCAAAAUCAAGAAGCAAGUGGACUUUGAGACAAAGAGGUCGUACUCGUUAAAGGUGGAGGGGUCCAACCCAUACAUAGAUUCUCGAUUUCUUGCUUGGGGACCUUACAAGGAUGAGGCCACCAUCAAGAUAUCUGUGGAGGAUGCAGAUGAGCCUCCUGUUUUUACAGCUCCCAGUUACACUUUUGUGGUGGAGGAGAAUGCCCCUCAGGGCACCCGGGUGGGACAAGUUCAUGCCAAGGACACUGAUGUUGCCAACAACCCUGUCAGAUACAUGAUUCCUCGGUACACGGACGUUGAGCAGUUUUUCAGCAUUUCAGAAGAUGGAAUGAUCACCACCACCAGACCACUGGACAGAGAGACGCAGCCGUGGCACAAUAUUUCUGUUUCGGCUACAGAGAUUGGAGGUCACCACCAAGACACCAAAGUGCGAGUUAACAUCAUAGUGAAAGACGUAAAUGACAACCCUCCAGAGUUUGCCACCAACAACGAAGUCCUUAUGUGUGAAACUGCGGAACCAGGGAAGGUUAUAGAAACAGUCAGCGCAGUGGACAAAGACGAGAUGGUCCACAGACAACAUUUCACUUUCAGCCUUGCUCCCGAAGUUGCCAACAACCAAAAUUUCUCACUCAAAGAUAACAGAGACAGCACAGCCAGCAUCUAUGUGCUCCGUAAAGGAUUCAGCCGUCUGACUCAGGAUGUCUACCACCUUCCCAUUGAAAUAAAUGACAAUGGCUCCCCCUCCAUGAGCAGCACCAACACCCUGACCAUCAGAGUCUGUUCCUGUGACAGCAAAGGCACUAUCCUUUCUUGUAAUGUGGAGCCUUACGUCUUGCCUGCUGGCCUCAGUACCGGUGCUCUGAUUGCAAUACUGGCCUGCAUUGUCAUUCUCCUUGCAAUCGUUGUGUUGUUUGUUGCACUAAGGCGUCAAAAGAAGGAUCCACUGAUAGUGUUUGAGGAGGAGGACAUCAGAGAAAACAUCAUCACAUAUGAUGAUGAGGGAGGUGGAGAGGAGGACACAGAGGCCUUUGACAUAGCUACACUGCAGAACCCAGACGGUGCAAAUGGUUUCCUGCCAAGGAAAGACAUCAAACCAGAACUUCAAUAUCCAAUUAGGCCUGGUAUUGGUCGCCCUGCACCCAACAGCGUUGAUGUUGAUGACUUCAUUAAGACACGGAUCACCGAAGCUGACAGCGACCCCACAGCACCGCCAUAUGACUCUAUUCAGAUCUAUGGCUAUGAAGGGAGAGGAUCGCUGGCUUGCUCACUGAGCUCACUUGAGUCUGUCACAACAGAGUCCGACUUGGAUUAUGACUAUCUGCAGAGUUGGGGGCCAAGGUUUAGAAAGCUGGCAGAUUUAUAUGGGACAAAAGAACAGUCCAUUCAUGAUGCGGAUGACAGUGAGGACUCUUAACAGCGGUCUUGUCCUGUGAUUUACUGAUUCCCUGAGGAUUUGUCUCCAAGGAUUGUUCACUCCAGUUUCCAGUUAUAAUUAGUUCAUGGCAUUCUGUCAAUAAACAUUAACAGUUUCUUACUUCUGUGUGGGGGCACCUUCUUGGUGUUGUAGAAUGGUUUGUAAAUGGACGCUUUAAGAAUGCUCAAACUUGAACUACUCCCUUUCUUUUUUAAAUCUCCUAUGUCUCCUCUAUGGUUCUUUUUCCUCCAUUGUUUCUUUAAAUUUGAGCUUUGCAGGGCAUUGUCUUUUGAUGUGUUAACAGAGAAUGUGAUGGGAACAGUGUUACUAUAGUAUCUUGCAUAUUGCAUAUACAGUACUUCUUUCAACUAGAUUAUUGUACUUCCUCAAUGGUCCCAGGGAUAUAUUUGAUUCCCUUGUCAGGUCUUUUAACAGUGGGGCACAUUUAAUUGUGUUUCAUUUGAAAUAACUGAGGCAGAGGAAGUUAAAAAGGUGUGUUUGGGUAUCUAGCAUCAGCCUGCAGUGAAAUCAAAUGAGAGGAGGAUUCAGUGAACGUGAGCAAAAGGUACCAUAGAUUAGACAAGUUGACCGACUCUGGGUUGUUGAUACUCUGAAGAUGAGCAGAACAUCUUUACAGUAUGGUGGCCUUAUAAUAAUUUAACAACUCAAGAGGUUAACACAUAAAUCAAAGACUGAAGAUAGAAACAACACACAGAUAAACAUGAACACAUGUAAUGUAGAAGGUUGUGUGACCUGCAACACACUUUUUUUCUCUGCUUACAAACUGAGUCAUAUUUAAAAGUAAUUUUAUGUUGAAAGUCUUAACAGCAGCUUUGAUCUGUCUGAUCUCCUGCCAUCAGCAUUCAAUUUCCAUACUGACCUGAAUCUAUCACAUAUGAUCACCACCAUAUUCCUGGUCUACCAUUGAUGGCUACGGUUAAAAAUCUUUGAGUUCUAAAAAACGCCUUAAACUUUAGACAGAAACUCUUGGAACCCACUGCGUUCUCUUUUUCCCAUAUAUUCAGAAAGCAAACUUGUAGUUUAACAUGUACAGAGCAAAGUGCUGGCAUAUGAUGUAUCACUAUGAGGAUACAACCUUGCUCACUCUUAAACAAGGAUAUGCUGUUCAAUUCAUAACAUUUUAUUUUUUUCCAGCUGUCUAAAUGCAAACUGGUGAAACCUGGCUUGUGUAACCUCCCCCCUACAAAUGCCAUGGAUUGUUGUCAAAAGUGUACAAAACACAACAUUUCAAUAUUCCACUAACAUCUAUCAAGUCUUAAAUUCUGUCCGAUUCAUUGUAUUCUUGUCAAGGUUAAGAAACACAUAUGCAUAUUUUUUUAAUACUCUGCAGUCAGAUGCUAGUUUACAAAUGUUACAAAAAUGUAUUCAUUUGUCAUAGUUAUUUUAUACAUCUCAGGAAGCUGGCAUGAUAGCAGGGGUGGGUACACUUUUCAUGGUAAUAGUAUUACCACCAACAUUCAUUGCAUAAGUGGGAAGCAGGAAAGUUUAAACCACAUCCUUUUUAAGCUUGUAUUUUUGUUCAUUUUUUCAUAUUAUGUUAUAAUUAUUACUUUUGUCUACUAUUAAUAUUAUUGUUAUCAUUAUAAUUGCAGUAAAUGUUGUUUGAUUGGUUGAAAAUACAAAGGAAUAAACUGAUGUUUAACUCUAUGCAGAUGACAAUUGACUGUCCUUACUGUUUUAUGAACACUCAUGGAAUUCAAGAUUUCUUUUCUUUUCUUUGGAAAGCAGUAAGAGACCCUCUGCAUAAAGUUAAAUAUCAGUUUUUUAUUUUCUGCCUUUUGGUUUUCAUUCCAUUAUUCAGCAAUCUCUCAUUCCCUUUCCCUGUUCUUAAGAAAAUUCUGCAAUCUGUGUUAGCUGCAUUGAGAGAAAGCCUUGUUUUUAAUUUUGUGUCAAGUUUAUUGAUAAAUAUUUGUACAAUUUAUAAAGUUAUUAUUUUAGUAUACAUGCAAACUGUUCCAGUAUUACAACAAAAACAUGUUAAGAUUUUGAAAAUGUUACUACAUCACACGUAUAUUUUCAGAACAUUGUAUUGUUGCUUUACGAUGUGCUUCAAUCUCAGAAGCAGAAAGACAUUUUAAAUAAAUGCUCCUUUUAUAAA